CUAGAAGUACUUCGUGAUAACGACAGCUGUACGCAUAGAUAGCUGUAGCAAUAUCAUAUAUAAUAGUUUAGAAGUGUGAUUAUUUAACAAGAGUCAUUGACUGUAUCUUGUUCAUUAGCUGCAAUAGUUUCAUUACUUGAAUUAUUUGUUCAGUUUUACUUUUACUUUAGCUGUAGUAGGUGUUCGCAGCAGGUGUUGCAGAAGGAAAAAGCAGAUAAUGCAAAAAAUUGUCGUUUUCGGAGGUACCGGUAUGACCGGUCAAUGUACUGUACAGUAUGCGCUUGAUAAGGGUUUAAAAGUUCGCCUAAUGGUACGGAAUGAAGCAACAGUUCCGGAAUCCUUUAAAAAUCAGGUAGAGCUUGUGAAAGGCGAUGUAGUCAACGCAGAUGAUGUAGCCAACGCUAUCAAGGACCAAGAGCUGGUUUGCGUUGUAUUGGGAACCAGGAAUGAUUUGAAGCCGACCACUAUGAUGUCAACGGGAAUGCAGAAUAUAGUGGAUGCAAUGAAGGCGGUACAGCUCAAAAACGUAUCUGUAUGUUUGUCAUCGUUCCUGUUCUUCGAUGCGGACAAAGUGCCAAAGAUGUUCACUGAGCUGAACGCUGAUCACAAGCGAAUGUUGGAUGUACUGAAAGCUUCAGGUCUGGAAUAUCGUGCAAUUCUUCCUCCCCAUAUCGCCGAUGAGCCUUCUUCGGAAUACGUUAUCGCUUACGACAAAUCGCCAGGAUUGACGCGUUCGAUUUCCAAAUUAGAUUUAGGCAAGUUUUUAAUCGAAUCAUUGUUUGAUGCUCAGCAUGCUGGUAAAGUUAUUGGAAUGUGUACAAAGCCAGCUUGUUAAUCCAGGAGAAAACAUUUCGCGUGCAUUAUAAAUAUUGAUUCAGACCAAACAUUUACUUUCAUGUACCGCCGUUUAUUGAACACUAAAUAGAAUGCAUAGAUAACAAUAAAUCGCAAAUCGUA